GAAAAUAAAAAGUUAAAAACAAUAAACAAAUAUGGCGGACGAAGCGGACACGGUUGCGCAAGUUACAGUUAAAGAGCCGUUGGACUUGAUUCGUUUGAGUCUCGAUGAGAGGAUCUACGUGAAGAUGCGUAAUGAGCGCGAGUUGCGAGGCCGCAUACAUGCCUACGAUCAACAUUUGAACAUGGUCUUGGGAGAUGUCGAGGAAACUGUGACCACGGUGGAAAUUGACGAAGAAACUUAUGAAGAGGUGUACCAAACGACAAAACGAAAUAUUCCGAUGCUCUUUGUCCGCGGUGAUGGUGUAAUUUUGGUUUCUCCCCCAAUGAGAGUGUAAUAUUUAAGAUAUGUAUCACUGUUUAUUCUAAGGAAUCCGCAUCACAGUCACUACUUGUGUUUGCGAAAUAAAUUUGAAAUUUUGGCACUUUUACACCUAAUGUGCCAAAAAUUAAUAA